AUGAUUACUAACUUUAUUAUCAGUCUAUUAUCCGUGUUCAUAAUUUUUAUUGCAACCUUAGUGGUCAAUUGUCAUGGCUCUCUUGAAUUUGUAACGUGUGGAUCGACUUUUAAACUUUUAAAUAUUCAAUCGGGUGAUCGUUUACAUUCCCAUGAUGUCAAAUAUGGCAGUGGUAGUGGACAACAGAGCGUCACUGGUACACCAAAUGCAGAUGAUCAUAAUUCUUAUUGGCAAAUAAGAGGUGAUACGAAAAACGAUUGUGAAAGAGGUGCACCAGUUCGAUGUGGAGAUACCAUACGAUUAUUUCAUAUCUCAACAAGACGAAAUUUACAUAGUCAUCAUUUUGUUUCGCCCUUAUCUCAUAAUCAAGAGGUCUCUUGUUACGGAGAGGACGGUGUUGGUGACGAAGGUGAUCGUUGGAAAGUCGUUUGCAUUAAUAAUAAUGAUGAAUUUUGGGAACGCCGAAAUGGAAUAAGAUUACAACAUGUUGUAACGGGAAAGCAAGAAAUAUGUGCAUAUCGAAAUAUGAAUAGUCAAAAUGUUUGGAGAGCAGAAGAGGGUGUUUUUAUUCGACCAUCAUCACCAGAUUUUUCAUCUGGAGAUUAUCAACAAUCGUCAUCUCGUACAAAAGAAGAACGGUUUGAUGAUGAACUAUGA